AUGUCUUCUAACAAGUCUCAGUACACAGAGCGGGCCGGCGGCCAUGAAGGUCCUGCCCACCACGGCACGGCCUCCGAGCCCGCUCUCCAUUGUUCUCGACUGAAGACAACAUCAGAGUACCUCAACAAGCCCGGCUUCCGUCUCUGCGACUCCGGUACUUCCCUCUACCGCUCCUGGAGCGUCGAAUCCCAAUACAAUCUCCACUGCCGGACGAAAAAUCCGGAGCCCAACGAGGCUAUCUUCUCCGAGUUCGCCGGUAUGGCCGGUGCUGGGGACAUCGCACAGUCCAUCCUCAACGCCGAUUUGGUCGCCUGGGGACUCAAGCUUGAACCCAUCCGAAUCUUCGAGACAAGGAGUUGA